AUGCAAAAUAUUAUCACCCAAGUAUCAGAAACCUCAACACCAGGUUUAGCAAAUCAAUUAUAUGCCAACCAAACUAAUACUACCGGAACUGAUACAGGGACUGAUUCUACUAAUCCAUAUGUCCAGCAAGAUCCUAAUUAUGAGGACCCAAAUGAGGACUUGGAAUCCUAUGGAAACUCACUAAUUCAUUUAAAUAUUCAGGAAGUUCAUUAUUUCAUUACAAGAGAUCAACUAAUGGCAUUACCUGAGUCAUUAUUACUGUGUCUUUUCCCCUCCGGUGUAUUCCUCGAUCGAAACGGCCAAAUAAUUACAAAUUUGACACCUAAUGAUGAAGUUUACAUCACUGAUUUCCCUCCCCAAUGUUUUGAAUAUAUCAUGGAUGUUUAUAAAAUUGCCUUUGACGAUUUAAUUAAUUUUCCUGUGGAUUCUUACUUCAUUUAUAAUAAUAAGAAUUUAUUUCCUACAAGACAAGAAUUCUUGCCAUUUGGCAAUGAACAAGGUCAAACUCAACAAAAUGGUAAUGGUCAAGAUAUAUUACAUGAGUAUCCAACCAUCAUUGUAUUAAGAGAGGAUUUAGAUUAUUAUUGUGUUCCUAAAUGUUCAUUUAAAUUUGAUUUCUUAGAUAAUCAAUCUAAUCCAAAUAUUCAAAAUAAUGAUGAUGCAAAGGACGAGUUAUUGCAACAUAUUAUGGUUCUUUUAAAAGAAGCAGCAGGUAGUUAUCUUGUUUCCAAGACUUCCAUUUUUGAAGGUUUAAAUUCUUCUAAUAAAUUAAAAAUUUCAAAAGAUUCAUCACAAUCACAAAAUCAUAAUAAAUUAGGUGCUGCUGAACAACAUUUGAUGAAUAUGUUAUGUUCUUCAGGGUUUUCUAAAGAUUCACAAUGGGCUAAUAGAACUCAAGAACAACACAAGACUGUUAUUAGUUCGUUAUCUUUGUGUAGAUUGAACAAUGAAACUACUGAGCAAUUUAGAACAAGUUUUAAUGAGUCAAUUGAAAAUUAUGAUUUAUCUACAAAGAAUUCAACCCCUGCUGCAUUAAGUGCAAAUUCAAGUACAGAAACUAGUAGUGAAACUAAUAGUAUAUCCAAUAGAAACUCCAUACCCAAGGAUAGUAUAUUAAGUGGGCAAGUUAAUGAUGUUUUAUUAUCUACCGAUAAUGAUGAUGACGAUGAUGAUAAUAAUAAUGGAAUAAACAAGAAAAAAAACAGUAGUUCUAAAAUAAAACCUAAAUCUCAUGCAUCACAGCAACGUCUAUUAAAUAGAAAUCCUAAAUUAUAUGAUCUUAUUCCUAAGCCUGACAUUAACCCAAAAUUACUGUUGUUCUGGAGAAAGCCUGCAAGAAAAUGUUGGUGGAGUGAAGAAGAUAUAGAACUACAAGUACCAAUUUAUGGCCAUUGGAAAGCUACAGUUGAAAGCGUAUCCAAGAAAACAUCAAUUCCACAAUUUAUAUUAACAGAUAUUCAUGAAAAUGACGUUACUAAUUUACUAAUACCUGUUCGAUUACAUAUUCGUAGAGUUUGGACCUUAGAAUUAAACGUGGUUGGCGUACAGUAA